AACAAUACCAUGUUUAGAGUAAGGCAAGUCGAGCUUUUGUUAUUGUUUAGAUAAAGGUUUUAUCACCUAAUUCAAUGGUUUAAAUUCCCACGAGGGUUCCAGAUAAUAAAUAAAAAACCGUAAGCCGAUAUAAAUGUCGAUUACCAUGCGAAAUUGCUCACUAUUCACGUUUACGUUCUCAAAGUCGGGUACAGGUUAUGUUCUAUGACAAAACGUUUAUGUUCAAUUAAAACAAUUUUUAUUGCAAAGUGUGAAUCGGCCGAGUAAUUGCCACAUCGAUCGAAAAUAGCCUAAAUAAGCCUUUUUAUAUUUACUUUAAUACUUGGUAUUUCAAAACCGCAAAUAUUUUGGAAUAUUAAUAUAUUAUUAUUAUACAAAAUGGUGAUUUUUCAAUCAACAAGUGCCUUCCCAUUACUUCAUCGAUUAGGAUUUAGAAGAUGCUUCAGUGGUAAGAACAUGUAUAUCCAACAUAGUAAAAUACCAACGAUGCAUUUUCAACCUUCUUUACCUCGAUUACCAAUACCAAAACUUGAAUUAACUUGUGAAAGGUAUUUGGCUGCGCAACGACCUUUAUUAAUUGAUGAGUAUUACCAUAAGACUGAAGAUACAGUAUGGAAAUUUCGUGACACCCACGGUAAAGAGCUACAAAAAUUAUUAAAAGAAAAUGAUAAACAAAAUAAGCACACAAGUUACAUUUCCGAAGCUUGGUUUGAUAUGUAUUUGAGCUUGAGAAAACCUUUACCACUUAAUUUUAACCCAAUGUUGGUUUUUCAAAACGAUCCAAAGAAAGAAUACAAUAAUCAAUUAAUUCGUACCGCAAAUUUGUUAUUGAGCUCAUUAAAAUUUUAUAAAUCGUUGAAAGCGGGGAUUUUAGAACCGGAAGUUUUUCAUUUAAACCCUAAGAAAAGUGAUAACGAAACUUUUCGUAAUAUUUGCUCAAAAAUACCAUCACCGUUCUCUUGGUACGCCGCCUUCCUAUUUAAAGCAUACCCCCUUGAUAUGAGUCAAUACCCCAGCUUAUUUAACACAACUAGAAUCCCGGAAAUUGAUAAAGACCGCCUUUACACAAAUCAUAAAGCCAAACACAUCACCGUCCAAAGAAACGGUUAUUUUUACGCUUUCGAUGUGUUAGAUGAAAACGAUAACAUCAUAUCACCAAAUUCAAUUUUGGCUCGCCUAAAAUACAUCAUUGAUGAUAACAUAAAACCAAACGAAUUCCCAAUUGGGGUUUUAACAACAUUGGAGCGUAAUAAAUGGGCCACUUUACGCCACAACUUAACGGAAUUGGGCAACCAAGACACGUUUAAAAUCAUAGAUAGCUCCCUUUUUAAUAUUUGUUUAGACGAUGAAUCGAUCGGCGAAGAUUUAAAUAAAUUAAUUCGAAUUUUCCUUCACGGUAACGGCGAUAACCGAUGGUUUGAUAAAUCAUUUUCACUCCAAGUGAGUAAAGAUGGAUUUGCCGGGGUUAAUUUCGAACAUUCCUGGGGCGACGGAGUGGCCGUUUUGCGUUAUUUCCAAGAUAUUUACAAAGAUACCACGAAAAACCCUCUAAUCCACCCGGAUACAAAACCAUCCGAUGAAGCUAACUCCUCCGUAAAACGCUUACAAAUAUGUUUAGAUGAAAAUACGAAAAGCGAGAUUAAAUCGGCACAAAAUUCAUAUAAAUCUUGGUGCGAUUCCUUAUCGAUUAACGCGAUCGAACUUGAAGGAGUCGGUCGCAAAAAUUGCCGCCAAUUUAAUAUAAGCCCCGAUGCGCUGAUGCAAAUGAGCUUCCAAGCUGCUUAUUAUAAAAUCCACGACUGUUUUGUCCCAAGUUACGAAUCGUGUAGCACUGCAGCUUUUAAACACGGCCGAACGGAAACCGUACGUCCUUGUACCGUUGCGACAAAAUCUCUCAGCGAAGCUUUAGUUAAGAAAAACCGUCCUUCAAACAUCCAGUUAAAACAACUCGUUCAAGAAUGUUCAAGAGUCCAUAUGCAACUAACCAGAGAAGCCGCCAUGGGUCAAGGAUUUGAUCGACAUCUUUACGCGUUAGAAUUACUUGCGAAAAAAUCAAAUUACACCGAAAACAUCUUCGAUGAUCCUGCGUACGAAAAUUUACAAAAAAAUAUUAUUUCUACAAGUACUUUAUCUUCCCCUGCUGUUAGAGCUGGGGGUUUCGGACCCGUCGUUGAAAAUGGAUUAGGUUUAGGAUACGUCAUUAAAGAUGAGUAUAUUGGAACUUUGGUUACCAAUUAUCCAAAACAAAACGGAAAGGAGUUCAUUGAUUGCCUUAAAGAGACCAUUGAUGACAUCAUGAAGAUUUUACAUUCAAAAUAAUUAUUCAUUACAUUCUAUUUCACAUAUAUUUUUUGUCAGAUAUUUUUAUAUCAUGUUAAA